AUGCUGAGGCAAGUUGUUCGCCAGAUGAGUUCAGCGGCUAAUAGAAGCAUUGACGGCCCUAUUGCCCAAAGCAUCAACCGAAAAGUUCGCGAAAGGUUCCCAGAUCUACAGCAUUUUACGAUUUUUAACGAUUCUUAUAAGCAUGCGAGCCAUCACGGCAUGGCCGAAGCAGAGAACAAGAUAGAGUCGCAUUUUAGGCUUGAAAUUGUAAGCGAUGGUUUCCAGGGCUUGACUUUGCCAAAAAGACACAGGCUUAUCUACAACUUACUAGAAGAUGAACUACAAAACGGUGUUCACGCACUCCAAUUGCAGACAAGGACACUAAGCGAACAAGCAAGGAAGCAGUAA